AUGACCAUGGAGAAGACAGAACCAAGGCAGCAGGACAUAAUCUGGUUUCCCAUAGGGUCUCCAGAGUCAGUGAUCCAGGCAGAUCACUUUUACCAAAACCCCAACAGUGCACUGCCUCAACAAGUCUCACCCCAGUUCCAGAGUCUCCCAGGGCUUAGCAAAGCUUCCCCAAAUGAUUCAUCUACUGAUUGGAUCUUACUGAAUUCUCAGUUGUCAAAUAAGAGUAAUGACAACCAUCAGGACAGAACUGACCAUCGUCACCACACUAUCUCACAUCCCGGGUGUCUACCAUCAAUACAAGAUAAAAUGAUGGUGGACAGAGGAAACAACUUGUAUGCAAUGAUUACAGAAGGAAAACAUCGAGCUGAAGAAAAAUCCUGCGAUAAGUGGCAACAUCCUAGAAAACUACAGAUUCAAAAAACAACACCAAUUCGUAAAGCACCCAAACUCCUUGUAGACCCAGCACCACUCAGGAAACGAACAGCUCCCAUUAACCCCGCAUAUACCAUCCGAAAAUCCAGAGUUCCUAACAGAGUUAACACACGGUCAUUCAGGGAGAGGGUGCUUCAUCUACUGGCAUUGAAAGAGUACAGUGAAUCGGAGCUGCUUAUUCAAAUGCAGAAAGAUGGCAUCAAAGAAUAUGAUAAAAACACCCUUAGAAAUAUUCUGCAUGAGGUAGCCAAUUUCAAUUACCAAAAUUGUUCAUACUCCUUAAAAGAUUGUGCCUUCAAGGAGAUCCAGAAAGACUGGCCUGGGUACAGUGAAAUAGAUAGACAGGCAUUAGAGAUGAUGCUUUCCAACAAAGUCUGCCAACUUAAUAAGCCAUCACCAACUUCAAAUUCUAGUAGAGAUAUUACACCUUCUCCUACAGAUCAUUUUUUGAAUUUAAUUGGUGCUAAUAAUUUCACAACAAGACAACUUAAUAUAUCUCACUCUCCAACUACCACACAAUCUACAUCACAUAGCCACUUAAACAAUAACACUGAAAGCUAUGUACCUAAAACCAAAGAUUUUCCUGAACCACUAACUCCAACCUACAUGCUCACUUCAUGUUCUCCACUAUCUGUAAAUUCCAGCUCUAGUUCUUGUAGCACUCCAAAAAGUCCUCAGACUAAAGAUCUGUAUAUUCAGAGUUUCAUCGAAGACAGUAAAAUUUUUAAUAGUCAAACAAAUAAGCAUACUUCUUCAGAAUUGUCCAACUCUCUUUCAGAUGAAAAUAAGCAUCUGAAGAUAAUGGAGAAAAAAUACUUGUUGUCUGAAAAGAAGUCCAAAAAUAAAUUUACAGAACAUAAAGCACAUAGCCAAAAUUAUAAUGUUGACAUGAUGGACACUCAGAAGGCAGACUAUGACAGACAAGAGGAGAGGCCAAGUUCAAACUCAAGCAAAAACUUGCAAAAAGAUAAUGCUGCCUCUAGGAACACUCGUUUACCUCUUGUGUCUCCAGAUUAUUUUUAUGACUAUUGCACAAUUCUUUCCUCUCACCAGCGGCAUCAGUAUGAACAGGAAUUUACAGCAAAUUAUGAUGAAUACUAUGCCCUUCAUUGCAAGAUACUGGAUGUGACUAGAUCAGCUAAUGAACUAGAAUGGAAAAGACAAUUCAUCUUUCCUGGCUCAAAACAAUAUCUGCAUAUUACUAAAAAGAUCUUAGCAGAACAUCAGAAGAUACAGCAAAUUUAUCCUAAUUGGUAUGAAGACUAUUAUAGAUGUUCAUACCUUUAUCACAAGCUGGCUCACAUAAAAAAUUUAAUCAUAGCUUUUGACCAGAACACAUAA